AUGGGCACUGGCAGUGAUUUGGGAAAUGAUGAUGCUAUCGGAGGGAAUGUCAGCAAACAUGCAGUACUUCCAGUUGGAUACUGUGGACAGCCGAAGAAAGGACAUCUUGUCUUUGAUGCUUGCUUUGAGAGUGGUAACCUUGGCCGGGUGGACCAGGUCUCCGAGUUUGAAUACGAUCUCUUCAUUAGGCCAGAUACCUGUAAUCCACGCUUCCGUGUCUGGUUCAACUUUACUGUUGAAAAUGUGAGAGAAUCACAGAGAGUCAUUUUCAACAUUGUUAAUUUCAGUAAAACCAAGAGUCUUUAUAGAGAUGGAAUGGCGCCUAUGGUGAAAUCUACCAGCAGACCCAAAUGGCAAAGACUGCCUCCUAAAAAUGUUUACUAUUACCGCUGCCCGGACCACAGGAAAAAUUACGUGAUGUCUUUUGCAUUUUGUUUUGACCGAGAAGAAGACAUUUACCAGUUUGCUUACUGCUACCCUUAUACAUACACCCGCUUUCAGCAUUACCUUGACAGCCUGCAAAAGAGAAACAUGGAUUACUUCUUUCGAGAGCAGCUGGGUCAGAGCGUGCAACAGCGGCGGCUUGAUCUCCUGACAAUAACCAGCCCCGACAAUCUCCAGGAAGGGGCAGAGCAGAAGGUAGUCUUCAUCACAGGGCGCAUCCACCCUGGGGAAACACCUUCUUCAUUCGUGUGCCAAGGCAUCAUUGACUUCCUCAUAAGCCAGCACCCUAUUGCCCGUGUCCUGAGGCAACACCUGGUCUUCAAGAUCGCACCAAUGCUCAACCCUGAUGGAGUCUACCUUGGCAAUUACAGAUGCUCUCUUAUGGGGUUUGACCUGAAUCGGCACUGGCUGGAUCCCUCUCCAUGGGCCCACCCAACCCUGCAUGGGGUGAAGCAGCUCAUUGUCCAGAUGUACAACGACCCAAAAACAAGCCUGGAGUUUUACAUUGACAUCCACGCCCACUCCACCAUGAUGAAUGGCUUCAUGUACGGCAACAUCUUCGAGGACGAGGAGCUGUUCCAGAGGCAGGCCAUCUUUCCCAAGCUCCUCUGCCAGAAUGCUGAGGACUUCUCCUACUCCAGCACAUCCUUUAACCGGGAUGCCAUGAAAGCAGGAACUGGCCGCCGCUUCCUUGGGGGACUCCUGGACCACACUUCCUACUGCUAUACGCUAGAAGUCUCCUUCUACAGCUACAUCAUCGGGGGUACCACCGCUGCUGUGCCGUACACUGAAGAAGCCUAUAUGAAGCUGGGCCGGAACGUGGCAAGGACAUUUCUGGAUUAUUAUCGGCUGAACUCCCUGGUUGAGAAGGUGGCAAUCCCCGUGCCCCGGCUGCGGAAAGAAAAAGCCCCUCCCUACAAGCACCCACUCCUGCGGAGCAACUACCCCAACGGCAAAGGGGACAAGAAGAACUCAGUGAACCACAGAGACCCUGCAAAUCCUUUCUAA